AUGGGGAUAGCAGCCCCGUUGACGGCCACUGGAGGACUUCAAGCCAUAGCAUUUGCCACGUCAACACAAAUCGUCUAUCUCUCUGUGGACAGGCGGAAUAUUACGGGCAUCAUCUCUUCCGCACAAGAGGCUUUCGAGCGCCUCUUGUCAGGGAGAACGAAGACUCUUCUAGCCGGAUUCCAGAUGGCAUACAUUACUCUUCUUAUUUCGCGUGUCCUAGGUUGCUCUGUAAGAGGAGUAGACUUGGGUACUCUUUUCUCAAAGAACACCUGGGAACAAAAGUCCCCCUCGGCCCUGGUCCGACUGAAGGUUUGCCCCAAUGACCGGAUCGACCAGUUUAAGGUCGAUGGUCUGUGGGACGUAAUGGAAGAAUAUGAUAGAGACACUGCUUGCUUGCGGGCAUGGGUAUCGGCUUGUAUCGCACACGACAGUCUCUCGGAGAUUAAAGGCGCGAUUAAAGUGGACACCUCAUAUUUGUCUACUGAACAACUCGCGUGCCUGGCUAGGCUUUGCGUGGAAGUGCAUCACCUGCGCUCUCUGAGGCCUAGCGUAACCCAAAACGACAACGUGGAAGUCAAACAGGUGCAAGACGGCUACGAAGUGCAAAAUGCUAGAUAUAAGAACCGACUGCGGAAAAGCUACAGAACGUAUGUUGAGAUGGAGACGUCAACCGGCCGCAUUGUUACCGGCCGCGCUGUGCGUGCAGAAGGGCGACUGACACAGAUCAAAACAAGAGGGACGUACAGCGGUCCUGUGCAGAACAUUCGCGUAAUAGGAAGACAAGAACUGAACGCGGCGGAAAAGGCCUUGGAUCAGUUCCUACUUCAUGUCUUACAAGGGCAAUGGCUCUUGGAAGACUCGUACUUCAUCGACAAGAUCUGGUUUUCCAGGCAGUAUGAUAGUGGAACCGCUGAGCCUCUACUGCUUUGUACAAAUUCCGGAAUACAACUCAAUGCAUCUCAGCGUGAGGUUGUUUCUGCGAUGGUUGACGAUGAGAGCCCGAUUGUAGUGGCUCACGGACCUCCGGGAACUGGGAAAACUACCACCAUCUCGGUAGCAGUUAGCCAUUGGGACAACCUCAAAAAUUCUGUAUGGAUCGCCGCCCAGUCAAAUGUCGCUGUAAAGAAUAUUGCUGAGUCUCUGGCGAAGCUCGACGUCGACUUCCGGCUGAUUGUCUCAAAAGAAUUUUACGUCGAAUGGCAUGAACACCUCUAUGGUAAGGUAGAGGAACGUCUCAUCCGAUCGGACGAGAUGCCGGAAGAUCUUUGGGACGUGGAGAGGAUCUUUGGAGACACUUGUGUAGUAUUGUGCACUCUAAGUAUGCUCUCCAAUCCUGUGAUAGAGGAUCGUGGCAUCUUCUCUCUGGUACCACCUGAGAGGCUUGUCAUCGACGAAGCCUCUCAGAUAAAUAUCUCUGACUUCAUGCCGCUUUUCUACAAGUUUAAUUCACACCUCAUCAAGGUCUGCUUUUUUGGUGACCCAAAUCAACUUCCACCGUAUGGGCAAGAUCAGGUGCCAUUGAAAAGUGUCUUCGAGGUAGAUCAUCUUCGCCGGUCAGCACAUUUUCUUGCUAUUCAAUAUCGCAUGCCAGAACCAGUGGGACGUUUUAUCUCAAUGCACGUCUACAAUUCCAUGCUUCAGUCCGUGCAUGAUAUCCGAGACAUGUCCUGCGUGCGGUUCGUUCAUGUUGCACAUGGAUUCGAACGGAAAGCUGGGAAAAGUUGGCGUAAUAUACGGGAAGCCCAAACGGUGGUUCAUUUGAUUUCCCACUACUACAAGGAGAAGAAGUUCGUUGUAGUGUCCCCCUACGACGCGCAGCGGACGGAAAUCGAAAACCAGUUGAAAGCUGCCAAGCUGCCGUGGGAGCGCGUGUUUAACGUGGAUAGCUUUCAAGGAAACGAAGAUGACUACGUCAUCAUAUCUACUGUCCGCACAGACAGCCCAGGAUUCUUGACAUCAAAUAACAGAACGAAUGUGAUGUUUUCGCGGUGCAAGAAGGGCAUGGUGAUUGUCACCAACCGCACUUUCCUGAAAACGUCAGGUAGGGGCACCCUGAUUGCGAAGCUUGCCUCCCAUUGGGAAAGAAAUUAUGGUGAACAGCAAACGUGGGCAGAUUGGACGCUCGUGGCGGAGGGCAGGACGCACAUGCCCGGCAUUCUGGCUCGCGCCCCGAGGAGUCUGCCAGUAGGCAUAUCUAUUCCUGCUGCGGGAGUCCCAUUCUCCCAGUCCUUUUCUGUGGACCGGGACGAGGAAAGCGAGCUGUUGGGUACGCGGUCAAUUCUUUUCGGGUCGAUCUAUCAUUCCGGGCGAAGCUACUACAGUUCUUCGCCGGAACACCCUCUCAGCGCUCCGUCACGACCGCGCCCGGCGCUUGAUCUGGAAAAUGACUUCCCUCCUCUGCCCCGAUCUGCUCCUUCGAAUUCUGUCUAUCCCACGACAAUUCCCACUUUACGAGACUCGGUAUGGCGAGCUCGUUCAGGUUGGUCCGAGCAACGACAGACUCAGACUACUGCGCAAUCCUCAGUUGGUCGUCGCUCGGACUAUCCUGCAGUUCAGCAGCCAAGAGUGGAGGCAAGGCAACCAGAUCCGGGACCGUGGAUCAAGAGGAUGGGGAAUCGUGCUUCAGGUACGAACCGAGUUUCCAGUUCCAACACACCUUCGAAGCAGGCAAAGAAGAUGCAGCCCUCUAUGGGUUCUCAGCGUGUCCCGCACCCUCCGAGCUCUGGCCUAGGGGUCGAACGAGUAUCUGGCAGGGUGCUACGCAUUAUUAAUGGAACUGUGUACGUACCUCCUGCCGCGAAGGCGGUAACGAUAAAAAUCAGCGGUGGAGAUGGAGAUCGUGGUGCGCAAGAUACCCGCAGCCGUAAGAAGCGUCGUGCCAGGAGAAAGGGGACCACCGUGUUGUAG